UAGGCCGACAUUAAUUCUUUUCAACUAUUAAAGUGCGUGUUGGUGUGGUUGCUGUGCGACCGAAUCCUUUAUACAGAGUCAAAAAACAGGAACUAAAAUUAGUGGGAACAAGAAUUUCGACUGCCCCCCCAUACUGAAAAAAUCCAGAAUGGGGUCGAGGGUGGGCGGACUGAGCACUGCCGGUCUGCCCGCAGAUAAAGCCCUCGCAGGAGUUCCUAGACUCCUGGACGACCUCCAGCGACUCUCGGAGGACGUCGAUUCCGCUGAUAUCGUCUUCAUACUAGGUAGGGAAGAGGAGAGAGUUUUCGCUCACAGGGUGAUUCUGAUGGCCAGAUGUAAAAGCUUCCAAACGGCCAAAAGGGGGGAAGUGUGCAGAAUUCCUGGUUGCUCUGUGGCACCAUCUGCCCCGGGCACCCCCACACCUAUUAGACUGCCCCAAGCUCCCCCGGACACGUUCAAGCAAUUUUUACUGUACGUCUACACUGGAAAGAUAUUAUUGCAAGAUAAUGGAGUUUUUGAAAUGUUAGCUUUGGCUCAGGAACUGGGUGUGGAUGAACUGAGAAAUGCAUGCGAGGAUCACGUUACAUCGACAUUGUCUGUUCCCUCUGCUUGUACAUUUUUAGCAGCUGCUAUGAAUAUACAAGAUAAAUCUCUAGGAGGGAAAGCAGCAUCUGGUUUUGUAGAAAGAUGUGUUAGUUACAUUGGAGAAAACGCAGCAGAAUGUGUACGAACAAAUUCAUUUUUGUCUUUACCGACAGAUGCUGUAAUGAAAGUUAUUUCUUCAGAUUAUUUAUGCUUGGAAGAGGAAGACGUUUGGAGAGCAGUUCUAAACUGGGCAAAAUAUCAAGCCGGUGUUACACAACCGACACCUCACUGGACGGAAGAAGAGCGAGCUAGGGUCUGUCAACACUUGUCUUACGUUAUCAGUCACGUUCGUCUCCUAUUAAUAGACAGCCAAGUAUUCGCCGAAGAAGUAGAACCGACAGGAGCGGUACCCAUGGAGUUGAGCUUGGAGAGAUACCGACACGCUGCUCUGCCCAGCAAAUACCCGGAAGCUACGGAAGACCAGAGGCUGAGACCUCGUAUUUCUCCACAUAUGUUCCCGGGGUCCUUAAUCCUCGGCCAGGACAAGAGCCACUAUCAGAGGUUACUGAACGCGUGGUUCGGUCAUGCUAAACAGACCUGGAGACUGGUGUAUCGCGCAAGCAGCCAUGGGUAUUCCGCCUCGUCUUUCCACCGAUACUGCGACGGGGUGUCACCCACAUAUGUUAUAGUUCUGGGUGCGAGAGGGGAAAUAUGCGGAGGGUUUAGCGACGCGGCUUGGGGGAGGCCGCCAGGAAAAAGUCAUUACGUCCUCUCCGAGAGAGCCUUUCUCUUCACGCUGUACAAUCACCAGGAUUUACCGCCCACACAGUUUCAUUUAGUGAAGAAACCGUUCGCUAUUUGCUAUCAUCCAGAUUCGGGACCGAUUUUUGGGGCUGGAGCCGAUUUGCUAAUAUCGAGCAAUUGCAACAGCAACAUGGAUAGUUAUUCAAACUUGCCGCACACGUACGAUGGGGACGGUGCUUCUCCCUCCAUCUUGAUGGGAGACUACAACUUUACAGUUGCCGAUUACGAGGUUUUCACGCCCUUGAAUUCGUCGUCGAAAAUAUCCAAAAACGAGAGAUAUCAGUAAUUUUUUCUCGCGUUUGUAUUGUUGGAUACAUAUUUUUAAUUUUAUAGCAGCAUCGAUAACGUGAUUUAUUUAGCUUCGCUCGCUUUUAUUAAUUAUAAUUUUUUUCAUAUUUACAGGAAAUUGACGAUAAAUCAGUAAAAAACACCUCGGGGUGCAUUUGCAGUGUAUGCCCAACAAGCGUUUUAAUUAUUCAAUGAAUUUGUGCCAAUUUUAAAUGUAAAUUUCAAAGUAUUUUAUUUUUACAAAUUUCU